AAAUUCAGUUUCCAAAAUCAACCUGCAUUCGAUACAGAUUCUCGCAAUCGCGGUAUGGAUUUCCCAGUUGAAGGUCCCAAGCCCAAGAGGAGAAGGGGCCGCCCAAAAAAGGAUGGUGGAGACCCCUCUCGUUCUCGUUCUCGUUCUCGUUCUCGUUCUCAACCGACGCCUGCUGCCAUCCCUCCUUCUCAACCAACGCCUUCUGCCAUCCCUCCUCACAUUCUUGCACCUCAACGAACCACCUUAAAACCCCAUAUCCUUAAGGUUCAAAUCGGAGAGGACAUUGUUUCAAAGAUCACAGAUUUGACAAAAGAAGAAUCAUGGAAAGAUGAUACACUGUGCAUUUUGUCUGCUACUGGUUCAGUCUCUACUGUUAACAUAGGCUUUGACAAGAACUCUGUUAGCCGUGACAUUCCUGAGGGACGUUAUGGCAUAUUGUCGUUAAAUGGUAGCUACUCAGUAUCGGAGAGCAGGGAUUGUCAAACUGAGGGGCUGAUGGUGUCACUGGUCAGGUCGGAUAACUCUGUAUUUGGUGGUACCGUUGUUGGAACGCUUAUAGCUGCAUCGCCCGUUCUGGUUAUAGUUGGGGGCUUCUCAAAGGCCAAGGGUGGCGAUGGUGAUGGCGGUGGCGGUGGCAGAGGCAGAGGCGGAGGCGGAGGCUCCUCAUCUGAUCCACCUCCUUCUGAUUCUAGAGCUCCCUCUGCAAGGGGCAGUGGAAGCGGAGGCAGAGGCAGAGGCAGAGGCAGAGGCAAAGGCAGGAGCAGAGGCAGAGCCAGGGGCAGAGGCAGAGCCAGGGGCAGAGGCGCAGGCAGAGGUUCCCCAUCUGCAGAGGGCAGAAGAUCAGGCUCAGGCUCCUCAUCUGAUUCACAUCCUCCUGCAGAGGGCAGCGGAGGCAGAGGCUCAUCUGAUCCACCUCCUUCUGAUAGGAGAGCUCCCUUUGCAAAGGGCAGUGGAGCUCCCUCUAAUCCACCUUCCAAAUUAAGCAGAGGCGGAGGCGGAACUCCCUUUCAUUGAAGUUCCCUCUUCAGAUGGUUCAAGUGAUGAUACCCUUGUGCCGUUGAUUCAAUCCUAACCAAUACACAGCUUUACUGUACUUGUUUUUCCAAUGUAAGCAAAUCAUCCAUCACAGAUACACAGCUUCUUCUUUUAGUUGUUUCGAUUGUAGCAAAAUGCUAUACUUUUUCUCAUUCAGAUAUAUCACCAUGUGUCAAUACUUUGCUCAAUCAA